UUGUGGUUACUGAUACUGGUUGUGUUUUGUACGUACGCCGCUAAUCCACAUUUUAAUCAUUUUCUAUUGAUUUUUCAAUGUAACUACAACUUUCUCGUAUUAAUUGACUGUAAACAUUCCAUAAAAAUGAUGCAUUUGUACAAAUCAGUACUUUUUCUGUCUCUGACAAUUACAUCUUUGAAGACAGUUGAAUCAAUAAACUGCUACCAAUGUUCGGGGACGGACUCUGAUAACCCUUUUGAGUGCAAUGAAUAUUUUGAUAACGACAUAGAUAUAUUACCGAAGGACUGUUCCGAUAUACACAAUGCCCAGUACUGCAUAAAACACGUCGGACGGUACGAAGGUGGCAUCAGCACAAAAAGAUAUUGUUCAUCUUUAGACCUGGGAAACUAUUGUAACUAUGUUCAACAGCCCGGAGACAAGCUCGAGUACAGAACCUGCAUAUACACCUGCAGUAGUGAUGGCUGCAAUGCUGCCACUGGUUUGACUAUAUCUACUGCAGUACCAUUGCUAAUAGUCGUCCACAUACUUGGAUAUGUGUUAUAAGAUAAUAUCAUGGAACAGUCACCUGGCAGCCAAGCAUGGUCGUGGGAUAAAUGAUAAAACAUCAGGCCGUUCCUAUCACACUAUUGUAAGUGCGAUAGGGACGGCCUGAUGGUUUAUUGUUUAUCGCGCGCCCAUGCUAUCGGUGCCGGUGUGUUUGAAAUGCAUUUAAAUUUCCAUGUUCUAAGCCAAAUAAUAUCAGAUCAUCACAAAAUGCUCCAUUCAUAUUCCAUAAAUCUUCUCCUUUUUCGAUUCAGAAAAAAGGCCAUUCCAUUUGAUUUUAUAAUUUUUUGUAUUAAUAAGACAAGUGUUUGGUA